AUGUCGGCUUUAAGAGACUGUAUUGAGGAAGAAGAGCAAGUUAAUCAGGCAGAAGAGAGUGAGAAACAACUGUUAGAGAAGGUGGAGGAGGUCUGGGCCUGUACAUGGUUGGGGGAAAGAGACGGAUGUUCCUUAAGAAGAUUGGAAGGGGAGAUGGGAAAAGUUGGCUCAUGUCGAAAGGAUCUUCCAGGCAGUGUGCAGCUGAGAGCCAUAAAACACAAGACUGUAUAUUGUUUGGGAGCCGUGGCACUAAUGGGUGGCAUUUUCACAGUGAACAAUUCAUUUUUCUACCAGUGCAGAAUAGUGCAGGAGCCCCAAGUACAGAAUGUAUCUUAUGUAACUAGGGCGCUUCCCCAACUUAUAAAUGCCAGUUUUCCACUGGACCCCCAAAGGAUGUCUAUCUUUGGCCACUCCGUGGGAGACCAUGAAACUUUGAUUUGUGCUCCGAAGAAUCCUGGAAAAUACAAAUCUGUAUCUGCCUUUGCUCCAAUUUGCAACCUAGUGCUCUGUCUUUGGGACGAAAAAUCCUUUAGUAGAUAUUUAGGGACGGAUCAAAAUAAAUGGAAGACUUAUGAUGCUACCCAGCUUGUGAGAUCCUACCCAGGUGCUCAGCUAGACAUAAUAAUUGAUGAAGGAAAAGAUAACCAGUUCCUUCCAGAUGGACAGUCACUACUUGGUAACUUCACAGCUGCCUGCACAGAAAAGAAAGUCCCUGUUGUUUUUAGGUAAGAGGGUUAUGAUGAUAGCUACAGCUUCACUGCAACCUUCAUUCCUGAUCACAUCAGAGAUCAUGCAAAAUACCCGAAUGCAUGA